ACCCAUCCUCCACUCUCCCUCCUCAACCCUGUCCACCCUCGUCCCUCCUCCUCGACCCUGAUCUCCCCCUUCUCGCCCUCGUCAGCCUCUGCUUCGUCGGCGGUCAACAUGUCAGAAGAUGGUGCAGGACUUUCGGUCUCGCAGGAGAAGCCGCCGAGCGCCAUUCGCGACGCGACACCGCCGUCGUCCGCACCAGUCGCGGCACCUGAACCCGACAGCGAGGACACGUUCUACCAGCGCAUGGACAUCUUCAUCGACCAGCCCAUUGGUUCUAUGAGCAUCAGUCCCGCCAACCGCGACGUCGCCCUCGGCGCCAAGAAGGGCCUCUUUAUCGUCGACCUGCAGAACCCGUACGAUCCUCCACGUUACCUACCGCAUCAGUCUGCCUGGGAGGUCGCCGAUGUUCAAUGGAACCCGUUCCCGGCACGCAGCGAGUGGGUCGUCGCGACAUCGAGCCAGCAAGCCGUCGUCUACAACCUGUCGCUCUCGCCGGCCUUCUCGGUCUCGCCGAUCGAGCAUGCCCUGUAUGGUCACGAGCGAGCCGUCACCGACGUCAACUGGUCGCCUGGAGCGCCCGAGGUGCUCGCAACGUGCGCCAUGGACGGCUGGGUCAUGGCCUGGGACUUGCGCACGGGCUACGGUUCGACCGGGCGAGGGAGGAAGCCCAUCUGGCGAGUGUGUGGCUGGGGCUCGCCGGCGACCCAGGUCAAGUUCAACCGGCGAGAGCCGCACGUCAUCGCCAGCUCGCACAACAAUCUCGUACACAUCUGGGACGAUCGUAUGGGCGCAGCCCCGGUCGAGACGAUCCAGGGGCACUCGGCCAAGAUCUACGGCAUCGAUUGGUCGCGCAAGGACGCCAAGCAGAUCAUCACCUGCUCGCUCGACCAGUCGUUCAAGUCGUGGCGCCUCGGCGACGUGCGAGAUCCGCUUCGCUCGGUCACGACCUCGUCCCCCAUCUGGCGCGCUCGGUGGCUCCCGUUCGGCGACGGCGUCCUCAGCCUGCCGCAGCGCAGCGACCACGCCCUGAGCGUGUGGAGCUACAAGACGGACGAGAAGGAGGAGCAGCCGACGCCGGUGGCGAGGUUCGAGGGCGCGAGGGAAGGCGUGCGCGAGUACGUCUGGAGGACGAGGGGAGGAGAAGAUCUCGACCAUGACGACCGCGAGUUCCAGCUCGUCACGUGGGCAAGAGACCGCCGGCUUCGACUUUGGCCCAUCUCGGAGAGCCUCAUGAAGGACGUCGGUCACGUCAAGGGCGCGCCGAUCGAGGUGCCUGUCAGUCGUCGCGGCGGCCCCGACAUCUCGUACCGGUCCUUCUUCGAGGCGCCCGCACCGCCGUUGCCCAUCAGCUUUACGCCCGCGACGCCUUCGUUGCCCACCAGCACCAUCCCCAAGCACCUCUCGUCCGGCACCUCGCUCCUCGCCGCGUCCCUGUCGUCGCCGCCGACCCCCUCUCUCCUCACGUCCUCGCUCCGCAACGCCAGCCUGCCGACCUCGCCGCAGAGCAAGGAGAACGUCCCGCUCCCGACGACGGCUCUUCCCUACCCCGUCACCGCCGAGGCCAAGGCGGCGACCGCGACCAUGUCGACCACGCGCGUGCGCAACCGGCGCGAGAAGGAGCACGACCGCCUCGCAUGGAUGGAGGGCGUCAAGAUCAUCCGCCCGGUGCAGGCGAUCGAGGCGCCGGCGGUCGACGAGUCGGAGCACACGCACGCCGAGGGGACAGACGAGCAGACGGCGCCGCCCUCGACGCGCGCGAGCUCGAUCGUGCGCGGCACGGACGGCGGGACGGCGACGGCGCGCGAGGGCGACGAGACGGAGCGCGCCGACAGCGUGCUCUCGGGCGAGUCGAGACAGACGGGCACGGCGGUCGGCAAGGAGUACCUGUACGCCAACCUGGGCGAGGAGAUCACGAGCGUCGUGCGGCGGUUCCCUCGCAUCAACUUUGAGAAGGUCCACGUCGCCGGCCGUACCUGUACCGUCUCGCUCUACAGCCCGCUCUUCGUCCGCGCCACGUUCACCUUCCCGCGCACCUACCCGGCGUCGGCGCCACCCCAAAUCGAGCUCGAGCGCAGCGUCGACAUCUCGCUCAAGCAGCGCGCCGUCAUCCUGCAGGGCGUGCGCCGCCUCAUGUCGCACCGGGCCGAGCGCGGCGUGUCGUCGCUCGAGCAGGCCUUGCGGUACCUCCUCGGCGACCGCUCGGUCGAGCGCGCCGAUGACGAGGACGACGAGGAGGCCGAGGAGGCGCUCGACGGCUCGACGCCAAACCUCGCCGCCGACAUCCUACGCAACAACGUCAACGUGCCGCCGCCCAGACGAGGCGGAGCGUGCUUCGGUCCUUCCGGCCAACUCGUCGUCUUCUUCCCGUCGAACCUGAGCGUCUCGCCCGCCAGCGACGUGGACGGCACCGCCUCGCCGCCUAACGAGCUCGAGCCCACACCGCGCCGCAAGUUCCCGCUCCGCCUGUCCGAGGCGUUCGGCAACCUCGUGUCCGAGUCGCCCGACUACGAGGGCGAGUACCAGGAGGCGGACGAGGCGCUCCAGGUCACCAAAGCGCACGGGUUCCGCUCGUACUCGGCCGUGCGCAACAAGCGCCGCAAGAGCACCGCCGCCGCCGACCUCGCGCCGUCGUUCAGCACGAUCGUCAAGAUCAAGGACGUCUCGCACCUGUCGCUCCUGUCGCCCAGCCGAGCGCCCUGCUCCCUCAGCAUGCCUCCUGUCGAUGUCGCUCGCGAGGCGGCACUUAACGCCGCGGCGUCCAAGGACCUGUUCCUCACCAAGGUCUGGACGACCAUGAUCGCCUUCCUCGAGAACGGCCUCGGGACCGAGAGCGGCGAGCUCACGUACCGCCGCGAGUCGCUUCUCGCCGAACGUCUUCUGCAAGAGCUCCUCAAGUUUCUCGCCCACCUCAAGGACAUCCAGACCCUCGGCGUCAUCGCGUGUCUGCUCGAGGCCCACACACGAGCCGUCGAAGCCGCCAUCAAGCAGCGCGAGUCGGAUCGACAACCCGAGCCCGACUACUUCUCGCAGCGCCACCGCCCUCUCGAGCCGCUCAACGACGUCGACUCGUCGGGCGAGCGCACACCAUUGCCGACGACGGCGAGCCUGCGCCGAGCGCGCGGCGAGUCGCACUCGCCCAAGCCGUCGUGGGGCAACCUGUCGAUGUCGGGCUUCUUCACCUCGAGCAUGCUGUCACUCCGCAGCGCAUCAUCGUCGUCGCCCUCGAGCCCCGACCGUACGCCGGGCGCGACGCGGCCCACCUCGACGAGCACGUCGGCCAGUCCGGCCACGUCACCCGGAUUCGCCAAGAGCCCCUUGCGCUCCGGGCAGACGUUCCCGUCGGCGAUGCACCACCACGACGACCAUGGCGGCACGAGGUCCAAGACGUCGCCGACCGUCACGUUCGGCGGCACGAGCGUCGCGUUGAUCCCGUCCAAGAGCCCGGUCGUCCAGGCGGCCAUCUCGCAGGUCGAGAAGCCGGCCGCCCGCAAGCGUGUCGCCAUCUCGCUCAACGCCGCCUUCAACCUGCACAAACCCGUCUCGUGGUGGCUCACCGACCGGGCCCAGCUCGAGCUCGAGCUCAUCCGGCUCGCGUACGCCGAGCUCCUGUACCGGUGGGGCGAGCACGUCGAGCGAGCGCAUGUGCUCAAGCUGUGCCGGUCGGCCGUCAAGCCGAGCGCGACGAACCAGGUCGCGGUCGCCCGACUGAGGGAGGCCAACGGCUUGGGCCCAACGGCGACGAUCGAGACGGGCCACGCCUGCACGCAGUGCGGCUCGGGCCUGCGACACGGCGAGUCGACGUGCGCCAAAUGCCGCAAGCGUCAACGCGCGACGCUGUGCGUCCUGUGCCACCUGCCCGUCUCUGGCCUGCAGCAGAGCUGUACGACGUGCUGCCACGUCGGGCAUCUCGCGUGCCUGCAGGAGUGGUUCUCGUCGGAGGAAGCGUGCCCGAGCGGGUGCGGGUGCAGCUGCGUCACGUCGGGCGGCUCGUCGGGCCUGUUCGUCGUCCCUCGAAGCCGGUUCACGCCCUCGGUCGCCCCGCCAGCAGGCUCGACCGCGACCGGCGGCGACUCGGUGCGGCUCAGCAAGCCCGUCAGGGUGUGCGUCCCGUCGUGGGUCGACGCUGUCGGUGGCGGCAGCGGCGGUGGUGCGAGGAGAGGAGGCGGAGGAGCGAGAGAGGGCAAGGCGACGCCGCCGGUCCUGACCGGGUACGCGUCGUACGGAUAGACUCUCGCUCUCUGCAACGCGACGAAACUGUCCGAUG